GAAUCUUAAUUUCUUGGAAUCAGGAGGCGUUAGAAUUCAAAGAGUUUUCCAGAAAUGGAUGGAGAAUCAUUACCAGAUUUCAAUGGACCAGAAGAUGUUUUGCGGCCUUUACUUAGCGCAUCAAAUUCAUCUUCCUUAUGUGCUGGAGAAGUUGCCAAUCAGAAUGCAUUUUUGGAGCAAAAUGGAAUUGAAGUUCUUUUUGUUUCAAGGUCUGCAGUAGUUAUUUCUACUCCAGAAUUUAGGGUUAUUCGUAUUGGUUUGCAAGUUUUGGCAAAUGUUUCAUUGGCUGGAGAAAAACAUCAGCAGGCUAUUUGGCUUAAGUUCUUUCCGAAUGAGUUUUCCUUGCUUGCAAGAGUUCGUAGUCUGGAGACUAGUGAUCCUUUGUGUAUGAUUUUGGCUGCUGAGCUAUGUAGAGAUUCUGGCUUGCCUAUGUAUAAUAUGGACUAUUGUUUCAGUUGGCUUUGGAGAAGAUUGGUUUAAGUUACUUCUCUCAAGAUUUUGUUUGGAAGAUAUUCACUUCCCUCCACUCUUCUUUAAAUUAUGUGAAGACAGUUCCUUUGAGAAUUGUGGAAAUACUGAUUCAGGGGAUGAUCUUUUCCCACCAGAGCGGGCUUUUCUUCUAAGAAUCAUAUCAGUGAUCCUAAAUGAACGAAUUGAGGAAAUAAGAGUUCCCAGUGUUGGUAUAAAGAAUUCCGGAAAGAUUAAGUCCAAUCAGAUGUGGAAGGGAAGACUACAACUAAAGAUACAAGUGGAAUAUCAUCAUUAAGAUAUAAAAUUCGUGAUAAAGAUUAUACAAGUCUUAGAAUUUUCUAACAAUUUUAAGGGUUAUAUUCAUUUAUACAAACUUAAGAUGGAAAGGUUCAAAAGUACUAAAAUAUGGUUUUAGUAUUGCAAAAAUUGAAAAAAGAUUAAUGAAGCCAUUUGUAAGGAGAAGAAAUGGUUCACAUAUGAAGGUAUGUUAAGCAAGAAAAAAAGAACGGUUCUCACCAAAAAUCAUAUAAGUUCUAUCUAUUUUUUUUGUUUUUAUGCAUGAUUUUAUGAUCAUAUUAUUUGUUGUUACUUUUAUUUAUAAGAUGUGGUAACAACUAUAAAUGGUUAUGGAUUUUCUUAAAUUCACUGUUUUUAUCAUAAUUCAUGUAUGUCCAUCAUUAUUAGAUUUUCAAAUGAAAGGUAAUUCUUGAAAUGUUUAUGUGUAAUUUUUAAAUAAGAAGACUAGAAACAUUAAAAGAAUAAAAACUAUUAUAGUCUAUUAUUCAUAAAAUGGAAGUUAAGUUAGUCUUAUUCAAAGAAAAAAUUUUAAUGCCAUAAGGGUCCAUGGUUUAUGGAAAUAAAGACAUUAAAAUGACUAUAGAAACUUUUUAAAUGAAAAAUAGUGCACCGAUAAUAAAAAGUUUUAAUGUGUUACAAGUUUUUGUAAAGAGUAGUCGAUUAACCAUAUAAAUGAGUUUAUUGCCCAUUGCUUUUAAGAAGGAUGUUGGCUUUCUGUUUGAAAAAGAUUUGAUAGCUUUAUACUAAUCAAUUGACUACCU